AUUGAGACAAUAAUAUAUCCUCAUAAAAACUUUCCACGUGUUUGUAAUGUUUUGCUGGUUUUCCCGCACUGUGGACUUAGUACGAGUGCAUUCGUGCUCUCAAUGUGGGGCUGCGUGCUUCCUUCUUUUCACUCUUUGAGGAAAUGGGCGUGGGAAACGCUUCCAUCGAGUCAGUGGCCGGACAUUUCCAGUAAGAGCUUUCCAUACGAGGACGACGUGUAAGCAAGCCCUCAGCUGCGCUACAUGUCUCACUAAAUGGAUCCCAGGUUUCUUGGGUCGUCGUUUUUGAAGGAGACGUGGAACAAAUAACUUCAGCAUGGGUUUCAAAAGGUGCGUCCGUGAUAGGAUACCUUUUCUCCUGCUGAUUCUAGGGACUAUUGCAACAGAUGCCUCAGGCCAAAGUCUUCAAUGUACCAACGACCUUACAGAUACCGUCUCUUGCCACUUCAAUGCGCAAAACUGUACUGAAUACACUUUCACUCUCGAGAUUCCCGGCGAAAAGGAAAAUCGGACUGGAGCUUUCACCCAGUGUGAUGAUGGACAGUGUUGUGGCUCCAUCACAAACAUGAUUAUAGCCUUCGGGGAGACUCAUACAGUCACAGUUUGGAAAGGGGACAACAUUCUGGAGUCCAAAAACUUCAGUGUCAUUUUGACCAUAAAGCCCAGAGCCCCAACAAUCAGAUCAGUGAAACAAUUUGAGGGGAACUUUAAAGUCACGUGGGAUACAAAUAUGGACUCCUUUUUAAGAAGUUACAUGAAAACUAAUUUGACUUACCAUAAAAAAGCAGACACAAAAAAGGUGUCUAGAUUUGUCCAACCAAGUACAAUCGAUGGAUCAAAUGUCUUUAAUAUACUUGGUCAAGACUUGGAGCCAAGCACAACGUAUGUUGUCAGCGUGAAAAGCUACAGUGACUUUAGCGGCAUCUUCAGUGACCGUAGCAACGAAAUGGAAUUCACAACCGCUAUGUCCCCAGUCUUCCUGCCCUUGAUUGUUAUCAUCAGCCUCUGUUUUGCUGCAGUCGUCAUCACCAGUGUGAUAUAUGUCAGCUAUGUAAAGGUCAAAACAAAGUGGUGGGUUGCAGUGUCCAAAUGUCCAAAUCCAAAACUUGUAAUUUAUCCAAGCACGCAAAAGGUCUUGAAGCCUGGAACAACCGACUACUCCGUUGUCUCCGUUGAGCCUCUUGUUCCAGAUGACAACAAGUCCUGGUUGAAGAGGUCCCUGGGAAACGGUAGCACUGGAAGCCUGGAUCAAAGCAGUGGAAUCAGCACGGGCUCUUCGUGCAUCAGUUACCCUGACACAGAACGGGACAUUAAAGCUUGUGUAAGCGAUGCCCUCAAACACGCCUUGACCAAUAUCGUCCCCUUUUCCACCACAGAGGAAGUGAGCAAAGCCAGUGGCUUGCCCCCCGCUCCUCAACAACCACGUCAAGCUGAUGACGUGAGUUCUGGGGCAUUUAGCUUCGACAACCGAACGUAUUCCAUCCUCAUUCCGACGGACAUCUCUCAGGUCCAGACGCAGGCGGAAAUCCCUUGUGACUCUGCAUACAAUCGCAGAAACGCUGACCCCCAGCCACCGUCUUGUCUGCCUGUUAAUUUAGCACUAGGAGAUCCGUCUCUAACGCCAACAGACAUGUCCUAUCGGCCGUGCAAUGCAGAUUCCGGGGGGUUUUCUUAUGCAGAAGCCCUCAGCUCGUCCCCAGUGGACAGCGUGGCGUUGUGCGACGCCGUGUCCAGUCUAGGGUCCAGGUGUGAGAGGUACGAGGAGGCGGUCUGCGGCGCGAUGAGGCAACGGGGAAAAGAUGAAGGGUUAGCUCCAUGUGAGGAACCUCCCCGUCUGACGGCAGGCUCACACGGCUUCCCUCCAGUGGAGGACGACUACCAGCCGUUUGAGAGUCAGGCUGCGCUGCCUCCCGUGUUGUUUGCCGAUGACAAAGGGGGACACUUGAACAAGUAUCCAGAGGAAUUGUUCACCGUGACGCCUCAGAGCCUCUCAAGCGCGGGAGUCGCAUGUUUCAUUAACAAUGUCCAGGAUGGGGCACCACUCUGCCUGAUGCCUGCUGACCCGUCUGGUCCAUUAAUGUCAGAGCCUGGCUAUCAGAGAGUGUAGGGAUGGAUUUGGAUGCAUUCAUUGUUUUGCGUUUUAUUACUGAAAGGGAUGCUGUGAAAUGUAUAAAGUGAGACUGAGGAAGAUGUGACUGAAAAUGAAUUGUGUUGUAAAUGUAAGAAAUCACAAUAGUGAGAAAGCUCCAGAAGACUAAGCAAAGGGACCUUGAUUUGAUGGUGGUGUCACUGUUACAUUUUGUUAUUACUUAAUCAACUUAAACAAGUGCUUAAUUUUGUGAAUGACUUUAACCUGUGUGUGACUGCCUUUGUACAUAAAUAUGUUAUGGUUAAAUGUU